AUGCCGAAAGCGACCCUUGACUCCUUAUGGGGUUCAUUAGAAGGAAAAUUCCACAAGUUUGUUGCAGGAGACACAGUUGAUGAAAAUGUCACGAAGACAUCAUUUUCAAACACUCAAGAGGCUGUUGGCCCAUUUUCGCAUUUCAGUUCCAUUACCCAUCCUACUUCUGAAGUGCCAUCACGUAGUGCGUCUGCUUCAGAUUUUCGCUCUAUUCCUAAUCCUAUAGAUACGCGUCGUGCUACUACUCCAAAUGCGAUAAUUCAAAGACAAUUAAAUGGAAAUCAGCAAAGGUUGUCAACUCCUACUGGUGUACAGUAUGAUUUGGUUAAUAGUUAUAAUAGUAACUUUAGUCCUACCACACCUGAUGGACAAAAUACAAUGUCUUCCGUUCCUGAAGGAGGGUCUAUUGGAACUUCUCCAACGGAUGUUAAAAAUGAGUAUAAUAAUUGGCAAUCGUUUAAUAAUAGCCUGCAAUAUAACGGACAUUCAAAUGAACAACAAUCAACGCAAUCGGGAUACAACUAUUCAUUAUCGGACAAUUCUAAUGCUGAAGCAAAUAACAAACAAAAGCAACAAGCCAUGUAUCCAUAUUAUCAACCAUUAGGAAAUAAUACAUCUACAUACAACAAUGAUUCUGCAUGGUGGAGCAGUCCAAAUGCCGAUUCCAAUGUAGCUCAAAAUGUGGACCAAGCACAAACCGAUGUUGUUGACGGAGGUGAUUUUAUAUCUCCAAUGGACAAUAGUGGUUUCACCCCAUUUUUUUCGGCUCCAGCUCCAGCUCCUGUAACUACGACAGACACAUCGAAUCAACAGAAACAUGAAGCAAAACAGGAGGAUAAAAAAGCAGAAGAAAAGACGGGAUGGUUUGGAAGAUGGUUUGGAAAGAAAGAAGUCGGUGGUAAAACUGCUAAUUUAGGAGAAGAAAGCUCAUUUUACUUUGAUCCAGUUCAAAAAAGAUGGAUUAAUAAGAAGGCCGGUGCUGAGACAAUUAAUGCUUCGACUUCUCUGCCGCCACCUCCACAACGUUCGAAAACGACUUCACCACAACGUUCACAAUCAUUGACGAGUUCAAAUCCCAGCAGGCAGUCAUUACCACCUACAGAUAAUAAAAACUUUACAGGCCCGCCAAUUAGCGCUACUCCGCCUCCACAAAAUAAGGGCGGUCGUGCAUCAAGCGCAAGCAUGAAAAAAAGAGCUCGAUCAAAGUAA